AUGAGGUUUGGCAGUGUCGUCGCGGGCGCGAUGCUGGCUGCGAGCACGGCCUUUGCCGUAGACGUAGAUCCCAUCGUCAUCAAGGGGUCGAAGUUCUUUUACAAAAGCAAUGAUACCCAAUUCUACAUUCGGGGUGUUGCCUACCAGCAGGAGUACUCCGGCGACAAAUCCUCCUCCAACAACUUCAAAGAUCCCCUAGCUGAUGCUGAUGCCUGCAAGCGGGACGUCCCUUAUCUGGAGAAGCUGGGUGCUAAUGCGAUUCGAGUCUACGCCAUCGACCCGACUGCGGACCACACGACAUGCAUGGAUCUCCUCAGUGCGGCCGGGAUUUAUGUGAUUGCGGAUUUGUCGUCUCCUGGAGAGUCCAUUGUUCGCAACAACCCAAAGUGGGACAGCGAUCUGUUCAAUCGAUACGUCACAGUGGUGGAUUCGCUGGCUAAAUAUACUAAUGUCAUUGGCUUCUUUGCCGGCAACGAGGUGUCCAACACAAAGCAGACCACGGAUGCCAGUGCCUUUGUCAAGGCUGCUGUGAGAGAUAUGAAGGCGUACAUCAAGGCGAAGAACUAUCGCCCCAUGGGAGUCGGCUAUGCCACCAAUGACGAUUCCGACAUCCGUGAGAAGAUGGCCGACUACUUUAAUUGCGGUGAUGCGGAGGACAGUAUCGAUUUCUGGGGCUACAACAUCUACUCCUGGUGCGGUGACUCCAGCUAUGAGAAGUCUGGCUUUUCGACUCGGACGGAGGAGUUCAAAGAUUACUCUGUCCCGGUUUUCUUCGCCGAGUAUGGCUGCAAUGCUGUUAACCCCCGCAAGUUCACCGAAGUUGAGGCACUCUAUGGACCCAAGAUGGCAGAUGUCUGGUCUGGAGGAAUUGUCUACAUGUACUUCCAGGAGGAGAACAACUACGGACUGGUGAAAAUUGAUGGCGACAAGGUGAGCACCAAGUCAGACUACAGCUACCUAUCCGAGCAGUUAGCCAGCGCCACGCCGUCCGGCACCAAGAAGGGCGACUACUCUCCGACAAACAGCGCCCUCCGGUCCUGCCCCUCGGUCAACGGCGACUGGCGUGCGGCUGCCACCCCUCUUCCCCCUUCUCCCAACGGCGACCUCUGCUCCUGCAUGGAGGAUAGCCUGAGUUGUGCUCUGAAGGACAGCGUGGGAGACGACAAGAUCGAGGAUCUCUUCGAGACAGUCUGCGGCUACCAUGUCUGCGACGGAGUCACCACCAACGCUACCACCGGCGACUACGGAGCGUACAGUGUGUGCAGCCCCAAGCAGCAGCUGUCCUACGCCAUGAACCUCUACUACAAGCAACAGUCCGCCAAGGGCAAUGCCCAAUCUGCCUGCGACUUCAACGGCGCCGCGUCCACUCGCACUUCAAGCAGUCCCAGUGGCACUUGCUCCAAUCUCCUGAAAGAGGCUGGCCCCUCUGGUGCUGGAACAGUCACCAGCUCCCCUACGGGGGUUGCUGGCAGCGCCGGCUCCUCUGGCAGUGCUUCAGCAUCUAGCUCUAAGGGCGCGGCAUAUAUGAAUGCUCCUGGCACUGUCAAUGUUGGUUUCCUGCAGCUUGGCCUGUAUGUGGUUGCUGCCAUGGUUGCUGGUGCAGGCAUGGUUCUUCUCUAG